GUGAAAAUCCGUGACGUGUAAAUUUCAUCACUCCCGAAAGAAGAAAAGGGACUGUGGUAGUCUGAUAAAUUAUGACAACCAAUAAGAAAAAGGCAAAUGGAGUUGAAGAUGAACCUAUCUUUGAUCCUAGCGUUCUGCGAGAACUAGACUUUGAAAGCAAGUCAAGAGCAACAUACAAUCCAAAUAUAUCACCACAGAACCCAGGAGAAAUGUUAAAACUCAGACCACUCUAUAAAUCUGAUUAUGAUAAAGACUACAUGAAUUUAUUGAGUCAGCUGACCAAAGUUGGUAAUGUCUCAAGAGAAGAGUUUGAAGCAAGAUUUGAUGAUCUGAAAGGCUGUGGAGAUACAUAUUAUGUAGUUGUGAUAGAAGACCUGUCUUUAAACCAGGUCAUAGGAACAGGUACUCUGGUGAAAGAACGAAAGUUUUUACGACAGUGUGCAUCUAGAGGUAGAAUAGAAGAUAUUGUAGUUAAUAAUGCUUACAGAGGAAAACAGUUGGGAAAAUUGUUAUUGGACGUAUUAACAAUUUUGUGUCAGAAGAUAGACUGUUAUAAAUUGUCAUUAGAAUGUCUAGACGGGAUGGUGAAGUUUUACAAACAGUUUGGAUUUGAUAAAGAGGAUGGACAAAAUUACAUGGUUCAACGAUUUCAUGAUUGAAAUACGAAAAAUAAUAGGGAAAUUUAUGUGAUAAAUACAACAGUGGGUUUAAAAUGUAGAGGUUUUUAAAUAAUCAAAACAAAGUCAAUUUUUGCAGCAUUACAAAUUUAUUUACACAACAAUAUGAAUAUUUAAGUGAUGAUAAAAGUAUGCCGAUAUAUAAAAUCAUGUAUUAAACCUUAUAAACAAAUAUAUACAUGAUAUAGGGGAAAAAUGUAAAAUGAUAUUAUGUAAAUAUUGUUAAUUCUAAAGGUAAAUCAAUGAAGCAUAGCUAUAUGUUAAAGUGGUCUAUAUUGUAAAAUUAAUUUGAUCAUUAUGGGCUUCUGGUAGAAAAAUACACAUGUAGGUAGAAAGUUUAAAAAUAACUUUAUAUGGAUGACUUGAUCUGUAAACAAUCAAUAUUUACUUAACUGCAAGGUAUUUACUUUGUAGUAUUUAUGCUAUCUCUUGAUCUAUAUCAAUAUUUGGUAUUUUUCCAUCUAUAUAUGUACACAGGGUUAUUAAGGCUUUAAAUAUUAACUGUUGUAUAUAUUAAUAAGUAAGUUUUGCCUUAUUCAGUACACAUGCCUUACAUUGCCAAGGUACAUCUUUUGAACAUAAAAAUCGUCAAUUUGUCAGGGUGGUAAUUAAUCCACCAAAUAUAUUAAAUAACAAUAGUAUAAUUUGUGGAAAUUUGAACCUUAUAGAAUAUAAAGGAGACCAUGAGGGACUGAGUGUUAAUGUUUUCUUCCCAAAAAGUAAUAAAAGUAAAAAGUAUGAGAUUAGAAAUUGCUGCAAUUAAAUGUAAGAAAUAGUUCUUUCACUUCAUGCUCUUUGCUCAUUUUAACAUGGGUACCCCUAUAUUUGUCAUAAUGUCCUUCCCUCUGCUCAGUUCUUCAUUAAAUUGCACAACACAUGGCUUUGUUUACAAAGUGAAAGAAGGGUGUCUCGUUAGAAAGUUAGAACUGAAUUUUGAAAAAAAUGCAAAUGAAAGGAGAUGUGGGGAUAAACGUCUACAUAUAGUGCAGCAACAAGACAAUCAAACACUUGAAGUAGACAUCCAGAGGUCACCUUAUAAUCUUCAGUGUUCUUAUACACACAUAUAGUCGAUUUAAAUGAUCAUCGAAACAUGAUAUAUGUGUUGUAGUCAUGUGACUUUGUUUAGAGUUAUAUAUUCAUGAUAUUGCUAUGUGAUCAUUGGGUAAUAAUUAUUAAAUGACCACAAUAUUUGUUUCUACUGUCGAUUCAUUCAUUUUAAUGGUACCAAUUUUCAUGGAUUGAGGAAACAUUGUAUUUUCGUGGAUAUUUGAUUUCUUGGUUUUGCCAAAGUCUGUAAGACUAUAGAAAAUUUAUACUACUUCAUCAAGCAUUGAAAUUCAUGGUUGACCUAUACCCAAGAAAUCCACGAAAGUUGGUAUCCCACGAAUAAUAACGAAUCCACAGUAUUUGAAAUAAAUUCCAUACCCAUAUUCAUAUGAUUGUGAUAUCUUUACAUAUCAAAAUAUUUUGACAUCUGUGGUUGAUUUAAAUUGAAUAAUGUAAAAUUGCUUCAACGUCAAAACACAUUAAUCCAAUUAAAUUCUUUUUCUUAGAAAAUAUUUUAUUUACAGCAAACUUGCAGUAUGCUUUAUAGAUAAAGGCAGAAUUUUGCAAAUGUAAAAGAGAUAAAAGUUCAUAAAUUGAAUUUGAAAAUGGAAUAGAAUUAUCUACAGGUAUAAUUAAUACAUUCCAUCACCUAUCGGAAAUUAUUACGAUGUAUUUAUUAGCUCAAAAAAUGAGACAGUUUCAAGUUCGAAAUAAUAAAAACUUGCAUUCAUAAGUUUAGUUGUGAUUUUCCUUCAUAAAAUGUUUGUAAUUUUUGACACAUGCCUCGUUCACACGUACAUUUAAUUCGAAUUGAAUUCGAAUCGAAUGCGAAUCGAAUUCGCUAAUCGCGUUCACACACUCUUCUUUUUUAAUUCGAAUUGAUUCGAAUUGGCUAAAUCGCAUUAUCCAAUUCGCAUUAGAAAUGCGUUUUUGUUAAUACAAAUUAAAAGUUAACGUCGUUAGGACAGUAAAGCGAAUUUGACGCGCAUUGCAAUUCGAAUUAGAAUUUACGUUUGGACGUUAAACGUUUCGAAUGCGAAUUAAACUAAUUCGAAUUAGUUAAUGCGAAUUCGAAUUCGAAUUACGUGUGAACGCAGCAUUAGGACAAGGAUUCACAAUUAUAAUAUUAUUGAAUUUACAGUAUUGUUUUAAUUUCAUCGUUCAUCUUUUUUUUUUGCUUGCAAUAAGAUAGAAGGCAAAAAAAAAAUCAUAGCUUUUUCUUUGAAAAAUAUCAAGGUUCUCAUUUGAUGAUUGGAACCACAUUAAUGUGGAGCAAUAUAUCCGAUGUUUUUGUGUGUUGUAUAUAAUUGUUUGUGUAAUAACUUAGGGAGCUACCAUCUGACUUUUAUGGGGGGGCUAGGAUGAAAUUUGAAAAAAAUAGGCAGGACAGGAGUUUUGAGUAAAAAAAAAGGCAGGAUGAGACACUUGCAAAAAAAAAAGUCAGGAUGACAAUUUAGGUAAAUAAAAAUCAGGAUAAACUUUUAAAAAAAAGGCAGGACAGAAUACAGUGAAAAAUAAAAAGGCAGGACAGAGAUUACAACUAAAAAAAAAUGCAGGACAAAAUUUUUCAUCCUAGCCCCCCCCAUAAAAAUCAAAUGGUAGCUCCCUUAACAAGUACUUAUUUUUUAUAAUGAAAUCCAUAUAAUUAAUAUCAGGAUCUCUAUAUUUAGCAUAAUUUCCCAUGAUGUAUUUGGGGGUAACAUCAUAAGCUACGUGUAAACAUAAUUCCAUUUUAUAUUACAUUUCAUUCAUUUGACUAGUACAUCAUUUAUGAGUGGUCUUGGAAUAAGCUCUCUACAACCUCCAUUCUGAACUUCAUUCCUAAUUAUUUACUUAACCCUUGAUAUAUAAGUCAAAUAGCCCCUCCCCUCCCCUUUCCACCCAAAAAAAAAAAGAAAGAAGCACUCUUUAGGUUACUUGUAAUAUUAUUAUUAUUCAGAUCAUAAAAAUAACCCAGAGAGCCUAAACUGACAACAGACCAAGACAAUUCAAAAUCAGGCUUUUAGGACAGCGAGUUGAGGUUAACUUUUAUCUAGACAGGUCCCUGGUGGAGUGUUGUCUAAUUUUUAAUUAUACCACAUCUUAUUUUUGUAUUAACACAAAAUGACUUAAAGGAACAAAUCCUGAAAUUGGAUUCACAAAUGGGAAGAAGAUGCAUUUUUCCGAUUUUCAGUUAUUAGAUUAUUCUGUAAGAUAUUCUUAGGGUUUUAUGGGUCAAUGUGGGUUCCUAAUUCAUUUCAGCAAGGCAGUUAUAGUAUAAUUUUCAUUUAUUCCUUUAUCCAUUUUGUACACUUGUAAAUGUUUAGUGUCUUAUUUAGAACCUUUAAUAUUUUCAAAUACACCUGUGUGGUUCAAUUUUCUUGGUACCAUGCAAGAUUAAAUUUAGUGCAAUUUAUCGAACUCCUAAGAGCCCUGGUUAGGGAUAUAGACCUAACUGCAUUAUUUUAGUCUUGUAAAACUAAAAUUAAUUUGAUAAAAACUUUCUACGAUUUAAGUGUACAAAACCCAAAGAAAUCAAUUUUCUUUAGAUUUUUAUGGUUGAUAGUAUAAACAAUGUGAUUUUGCUUAAUUUUUACAAUUUGCUUAUUAGAUAUUCAUAUUUAAAUAAUCAGGAGUUUGUUCAUAUUUAUAAUUUAAAUAUUUAUGUAAUUCAUAUUUUUGAAUGUUUUAUUGAAAAUAUAAUGGGAAGUAAUAAAAUGUAGAGACUGUAGGUUAACUUUUUGUUAAGGAAUCUGUUCUGAUAUAACUAUGGUUUCUAGAGAUACCAAGAUAAUAAUACAAAGUUAUACAGUGGAUUCAUUUAUUUUCGUGGGUACCAACUUUUGUGGAUUGAGGAAAACUUGCAUUUUCUUGAGUAUUUGAUUUUGUGGUUUUGCCAAAGUCUGCAUAGAAAAUGUUUAAUUCAUUGAUCAUUCAAAGUCAAGGUUAAGCUGUACCAACAAAAUCCUCAAAAAUUGGUAUCCCACGAAUAAUGAUGAAUCUACAGUUAUAGAAAAAUUAAUAUGACACAACAUUUUCUGUUAAGUACAGAACCUUUAGUUCUGGUAAAUAUGAAUCUCUAUCAUUAUUUAAUUUAUUAAGCUGUGGCUUAAUUUUUUAUAUUUGUGAGAUACUUAUAUUUUAUGUAUUUUGUGGAUAUUUUUUAGUUAAAAUUAAACUAUGUUGUACUUAAUAAGAUUAAUAUAUGAACUAUGUUAUGUAAGUAUUUAUGAUUCAAGUAACACAUGUGACAAUCUGUUAAGUUUGUAUGAUUCAAAGGACAAACCAAUUUAACUAGGGAUUUUAGUCAUUAUCAUAUAUAACUUAUGCAACAUCGACUUCUCAAUUCAAUCAUUUGCCUGACAACACUGGAUUGGGAUUUUGUAGGUACAGAUUCAAACAGGGGCACACCCCACGCGCGCCCCUCUAAAAAAAUGUAAUUUAUAGGUAAAAUUACAGCCAAUUUUUUGUCGAAAUAUGGUCUUUUUAGUCCUAAUUUUCAGGAGCCCCCAUUUUACAUCAAAUCGUGGAUCACCGCCUGGUUUGAACCCCACUUUGGCAUGUGACCUACCGAAUUAGACUAUUUACUGGAUUUGUAAUAACAUAAGUAACACGACGGGUGCCACAUGUGGAGCAGGAUCUGCUUACCCUUCCGGAGCACCUGAGAUCACCCCCAGUUUUUGGUGGGGUUCGUGUUUCUUAGUCUUUAGUUUUUUAUGUUGUGUCAUCUAUUCUAUUAUUUGUCUGAUUGUCUUUUUAUUUUUGGCCAUGGCGUUGUCAGUUUGUUUUCGAUCUAUGAGUUUGACUGUCUCUCUGGUAUCUUUCGUCCCUCUUUGGCAAGGUGUGUUUGACUGUGAUCUUAAAUGACUAGGAUUGCCAGUUUUCCUGCCUAAGUUCUGUAUUUCUUUCUAAGUGCCCCAGCUUCCUCACAAAGUUUAGUAGAACUCUAAAGUGACCCUACCUUCCCGCACCAAUAAUAUAUGUACAUAAGGCUAUAGCCAGGUGUGCUGAAAGUGGCAUUAAACAUCAACGAUUAAUCAGUCAAACUUCUAAAUAUCUUAAUAUUUUUGUCUGCUGCAAGUUCGGUUUAUCAACAAUGAAAUAUACAUAGAAUUUGUUUUUCAGCUCAACAAGUUGAAACUGUGUUGAAAUGAAAUUUUUUUUUCAAAACAUCUGUGUAUUUAAAUGUAAGAUGUCAAUUGAAUAUUAUUAGUGCUAUUAAUUUAUGAGAAAGCAUUAUUAGAGUUGUGUUUAUAUUGUUUUUGUUCGGCACAAAGUUAUUUUUGUAAGAAUCUCGUCUACCAAAAUAUUUUUUUUUGUAAAUUUCUCAUUUAUGAAUAUUUAUUUUAAGUUUUAUUUUUCUUUGAUUGUUGUUUUGUUUAUUAUAUUUAAUUUGUUUGUUAUGUUCUACCAGGUAUAAGGUCAUUUUUAUAUGAGGCAAUCACCUCCUUAACUACACAUCUUAAAGUUUUAUGUUCCAGUCGCACAUGAGCUUGAAAAGUCUUUUUAAUAGCAUUAAAUGCAUUGUUUUUAUGCCCCACCUACGAUAGUAGUAGGGGCAUUAUGUUUUCUGGUCUGUGCAUCCGUUCGUCCGUCUGUUCAUCCGUCUGUCCAUCUGUCUGUCCGGCUUCAGUUUAAAGUUUUUGGUCAUGGUAGUUUUUGAUGAAGUUGAAGUCCAAUCAACUUGAAACUUAGUACACAUGUUCCCUAAGAUAUGAUCUUUUUAAUUUUAAUGCCAAAUUAGUUUUGACCCCAAUUUCACGGUCCACUGAACAUAGAAAAUGAUAAUGCAAUUGGGGCAUCUGUGUACUAUGGACACAUUCUUGUUCAAUAUCUAUUUUGUGAAAUAUUUAUGACUCUAAAUUACUAUGAAUAUCAGUUUUAUGUAUUUCAUCAGCCAUCAGAAUUUCUAUUGAUGGACAUUUCCAAGCCACUUCAGUUAAAUUUUUACUCUAUGUUCAAAAUUACAUGGAAAUUUUCCCCAAAAAAGGUAGUAAUAUUUACCCUAGAAUUUUUUUUCCAAACUUAGCAGUUAUAUAUAACAUUCAGUUGUGUAAACAUCAAGGGAAUUAAAUUUUCUGUACAAUUAUCAGGCUAUUCCGAUUUUUAAAUUUCUUAGACAUGGAAAAAGUAUUUACAUGACUCAAGAACUUUGGUGUUUUAAUUACUAUGUAUUAGAUUUAAAACUCAAGCCUCCAAGUGCUUUUGUUUUUAAAUUAUAAUUUUUCAAGAAAGGAUGAUAUAAUAUACAUGUAGUAUAAUAUGAGUUAAGAUUUUGAAGUAAUUUCUUUAGUUUUGUAAAGAACAAUAAUGCAGAUACCAUAAAAUUAGUUUCAUACUGGGAGUCUUAAUUCUCCACAAUUAUUAUUUCAAAUCACUUCAUGUUUUUGUUUGUUCUUUAUUUGCUUCAGUCCUUGAAGUAUGUGCAAGGGGUAGUUUAUUUCCAUUCAGAUAAAAAAAAAGUCACUACUGCUUUAAAUGAAAGUGCUUUAAUAGAAAAUCGUGAAAACCUGAUUAAAAAAAAACAUUUGCUAACCAACUUCAGACUAACCCAUCAGUAAAUUGUUCAAUACAAUAUUUUAAGGAAAAAAUGAGCUGCAUUGGAUAGAAAUCGACCUUAUGCAAGUGAACAUAUACAUGUACAUGUUUUAGACUUUGAUUGAUUUUUGAACAUUCAAAUACGAAAGGAAAGAUGAAUUUUGGUCUCUUUUGUAGGGUUCUUAUAACAACUCAUUUUUCAAACAGGUACAGACUUUGCAUAGAUUUUAUUUCAAAUAGGAUAACAGAUGUAUUGAUAUUCAUUUGCAUUAGAUCAAUUUCUAUCCCACAGAGCUCAAAUAAUGAUUUUGUAUUAUUUAUUAAAUUAUAUUUUUGCAGUAACGGGAAUGCCACACUUAUGUAUAUAAACAAUAAUUGGUAAUUAUAAGUAUACUGGGAAAUGUAUAUCUUUAUAUAAGUUCUGAUUAUCAUUUAGAGGUUGUUUAAAAAUAUGUUAUUCAGUUUAUAUAACAUUUACAUCAGAUUUUGUAUGUGGUAUAUUUCGCCAAAAAUAAUUUGUUGAAAUUUUAUGAAAUAUACUUUUGACAAAAUUUAA